AUGAGUGUAGAAGUGUUGGAUGGUGCCACCAUUGUGAACUUUGUGCAUGACGAAGAAGCUUUCAAUGAGUCCGUUCAAGCCCGCUUUUUGAAACUCGAUACAAACCACGAUGGCCUCCUUUCAUACGACGAGAUGUUGAUCGAGUUGCAGAGUUUGAGAGUUUUCGAAUGCCACUAUGGUGUUGAUGUCAAGACCGAUCCAGACGAGGUGCGUCGUGUAUACAAUGCAAUGCUUGUGCAGUUCGAUCACGACUUGAAUGGGACAGUGGACUUGAAAGAAUUUAAGGAAGAGAGCAAGAAAAUGAUGUUAGGGAUAGCAAAUGGAUUAGGGUUCUUGCCUGUUCAAAUGGUGUUGGAAGAAGGUAGCUUUCUAAAGAAUGCAGUAGAAAGGGAAUUAACCAAACUAGCUGCAGCCUAA